GGGACGGUCCCAUAUGCUCGGGACCGGUGUCCUGGAUCGCUUCCCCAAUAUGGAAGGGCACCGAGCCCCAGCUCGGCGCCAUCGCGAAGACCUCGUCGUCCCGCCGAGAUGUGCUGCGCAGUGGUGCGGAUCUUGUUUCGCGAGCCUCGCUCCAUAAGUCGAGUCGAAGUCGAGGCGGUGUCGAGCCAUCACGAGUCCAGCAGCGGCAGUGGCAGUGGGAGUCGCGCAGACAGAGGAAUCACGCGCCGGAGCAGAUACUAGCGAUCCCAUCGAAUCGAGGCGAGGCCAGGCAAGCGAUCGAUGGCGAGCGAGUCUAUCACAAUGUGGCCACAGAUCAGCCCCGAGGAGCAGUUGCAGUACGAACGCUGUACACGGCUGAUGGAGCUGCUCCGGAGCGAAGGGAAUGCGCAAGUCACGAGCCGGUAUCGCCUGGAAGAAUGCGUGGACAUCGUCGAGACCUUCAGCUUCAGCACGGGGCUGGACUUCGACCAAGCUGCCAGGAUUCUGAUGGCCUUGGCGUUCGACAUCCAAGCUGCACACCGGAGCUUUUGGAUCCACCGUUUCAAAGAUACAUUGGAGGACGAUCCUUACGCCCCGACGGGCCAAAACCCGCACGCGACCGACCUCAAAGACCUCUACGGCGUGCGGGUGGCCAUGAUUCAGCAAUACACCGGUGUCGAUGAAACGCACGCGAUCGUCGCGCUGCGCAAAUCCAGAUGGGUCGUAGAAAAAGCGCUGGCCUGCGUCUACAGCGACCCUACGGCACAGCCCACCUUAUUCGUGAACGAUCUGGAUCUCUUGUUCGCUCAAUACCAGGACAUGCAAACAGGCAAGAUAAAUCUCCGAGGGCCGCCAUUCUUCUCGUCCGUGAUCCUGCCCCGCCAGCCCACCGAAGCAUUCAAGGUCAUCGCGAUACUCUCGUGGUACAUGCAGGCGGAGUGCUUUGGAGAGGUAUCUCUGCGGGAAUUCGUGGUCGGCAUGCUGUACCUGAGGACGGACAACAUGCAGGAUCUGCAGGAUCGCCUGUUCCAAAUUGGGUACCAGCUCAAGAUUCCAGAAGUCUACGAGAAGGUUUACGAGUCGUGCUUCGUCUGGUUCGCAGGCCGAGAUCAGUGGCGCAUGUCGACGUCGCAGGCCAUCUGCCUUUGGACCAUGCUCUUCGACGAGCUGGAUCUGGAGCCGGACCCGGAAGCCGACCGAGUGAAUAUGCGCUGGCCGCUGCGAAACGAUUGGUUUCGGUACCUGCGAAGGAACCCGUCGGCGCCCACCAUCGACAAAACGACGUGGAUGCACAUUCUGAAAUUCGCCACCGUGAUCAAACCCGACCUCAGCAACUACGACGACGUCGACUGGCCCUUUCUGAUCAAGGAUUUCGUGGACGAGCUCAUCACCAUCAAAACGCUCUCCCCCGACUCCCCCGACUCCCCAGCCAACCUCUCAGGGAAUUGACUAAACAUGUAAUAUAUAUUUACUCCUUACUUGUACAUAUGUAUUUUCGGAGAUUGGGUUCAGCCUAAGUUCAGGAUUGUCAUAUAACAAUGAUGAUAGCGACGCUUGUGAAAGCUUAGGCUGGCCGUGUUAAGGGUUGCUACUGAGAGAAAAAUGAAGUCGGCGUUUGUUCUAUAGUAUCUCUAGAUUUUGACAAGUUAUAAGAAAGUAGUAGAUUAAAAACACAACAGAAAAGAGACUGUAUGAACAAAAGUGCUCAAUUGUUGUGAGCUCUAAUCUAAAUGUGUGUAAAUUGGUCCCA